UGGCAUUUGGAGAGCUUCGCAUAAAACCCAUGGUCGCGUAAUCACUGGAGGACAGUGCAAAGGUGGGUCAGAUGCUCCUCUAAGGUAUGACUGUAGACCAGGAUGUCGUCAAUGUAGACCAGAACCCAGUCCUCAAGGAGGUCUUGGAACAUCGUGUUCAUAGCCGUCUGGAAGGUGGCAGGAGCAUUACGGAGACCGAAAGGCAUGACGCUAAACUCGUAAUGCCCAAAACGAGAACGGAAAGCGGUCUUAGGCUGGUCCUCCUCGGCUACGCGGAUCAGGUGAUAUCCGCUACAAAGAUCGAUCUUCGUGAAAAAGUGGUGGCCGGAGAGGCGGUCGAACAGAUCAUCCGCACGGGGCAUAGGGUAACUGUUUCUGACCGCAUACUCGUUGAGACCGCGGUAACCGAGGCAGGGGCGGAGAGUGCCAUCCUUCUUGCGAUCGAAGAGGACAUGUGCACUCCAUGGGGACGUACUCGGUUUAAUGAAGCCCUGACGAAGCAGCUCGUCAAUUUGGCGUUUAAGUUUCUGGGCUUUCGGGACCGAGAGGCGAUAUGGGGCGCGAUGCUGAAUACGGUAGUUAGGUUCGAGCCGGAUGUGGUGCUCGAUAUCGUGCAUAGGAGGAAUGCUGCUAUAAGAGACAGUCGGAGGAAAAACAUCGUGAUACUCACGAAGGAGGGCCGCAACAUUAGGCUGCAAAGUCGAUAGGAGGUUUUCAAACUCCUCGGCUGCAGCGACGUCUGAAGCAGGGGUGGAAGGAGUCGGUAUGGGAAUAGGUACCGAUGGCGCCUCCGUG